GACUCCCCAGCACUGUGGGAGCUGGUGGAGGAGCAUGUGCCACUCCCCGAGCGGCCUGAAGUGAAGAAGAUUCUGGGAGAGGCAGCAGUGGACCUGAGCCUGGAGUUGCGAGAGGAGUGGCAAGGUACCCCAGCUCUCCUUACAGGUGGCGAUGCUAAAGGCACUGCUCCAAGAGAUCAAGUCCUCUCAAGUUUCCAACUCUGACUCUCCCUCCCUACUGGCACCACCCCCCCUCUUGAGGGACCUCAUGCGCCAAGAACUCCGACAGUUACUCCAAGGCCUCCGCCUUAAGGCUAUCAGUGAGGGCAGGGACCAGACCGAGAUAUGGGCCCAGUAUAGUCCCAGGGUCCUUCGCUUUGCCUUAGAGGAGCCCGGGUGUGACUCAACACAACAGGAACUAUUCCCGACGAGAGCUGGUGAGCCCAGGACUAGAAUGAGCAACACAGACAGGGUGAUGCUAACCUCACCUGUCAGCAGCUGUCCCAGGGACCUCACUGUCAUCAAGGACCAACUGAAUGUGUCUAACAUUGACCAGGUUGUCAGACACCUGAGAAGCCUCCUGGAUGAGGAGUGUCACAUGUUGCAGAAAGAGAUCUCUGACCUGCAGCACUGUUUGGAAAUGGAGCAGAUGCAGGCUUGCCAGCCCUCCAAGGACACCCAAAUGCCCACCCUGGGAGAAAUAAAGGAUCAGAAGAAGGCCAUGGAACGGGAACUACAGGUCUCUCUGGGGCCUGCCUGUACCACUGCCAAGCACAGGCAGAAGCCUUUGAGGUCAUCCAUUCCCGGCCUUAGACCCUUCCCCUGUCUCCAUGGCUACAUGCCUACACCUCCUUCGGAGCACUGCCCCCACCCUCAAGGUCAGGCAAGCACCCGCCGCUGGGGACGGCAACUUCGGUACAGCUAUUGCAAAGAUACAACUUCCACAUCAGUUUCCAGUGCAGCAUCCCAGGCACCGACCUGAAGGAAGGGUUGCUCACAAAACAGGUUUCUGCUUCUGCUGAGACUCGCCCAUCUGUUGUUGCCUCCAGCUGCCACAGCUCCGUUUCUGCUUCAUUCUCAGAUGAGCUCACAUGUCCCACCCCCUAUUACCUCCCCCAAGCUGUGUGUUGGUCUGGUCCCAACCUCCCUGUCAGGUCAUUGCUAUCUAGAGUGGCAGGACACCUGUUCUAACCAUCAAAGCCUUUGGUCCCUUCUCCACCACAGAAGCCUCCGCAGAGGCUUGGAGGACAGAGGUCCCAUCCCAGCUUGACUUUUGUCCCCUAGGGACCCAGACAAAGCACAUCAGCACCUCAGAGACAGGAAUAGAAAUUUCAUUAAAACC